UUCUCGUAAAAGCAGGAUGGUUUAGUCACUUCGUGGCUUCAUAUAGUGGGAAUGUCCCUUUAUUAGCUGUUCAUUCAGGUUUUUAAACAUUUUGUCAUUCUUUAUACUUUGUAGAAGUGUAAUAUAUUUUUUAUAAAGAUGAUAAAGUGUGUAUUUUUGAUUUUGGUUCGUUCCAAGCCGAGUUCAACACGAUAUGAUCUUUGAACGUUCUUAUUCUCCACGCAUCCAUUUGGAGUUUCGUUGGAAUAUUUUCCAAAAUGCCUGUUAGAACGCCAGAAAAUCGAUUCAGAGCUCUACUUUUGGACCUAGCAGAUCAUCUUACGCCCGAAGAAUUCGAAAAGUUGAAGUUUUUAUGCAAAGAUGAUAUUCCUGGUGUUAACAACAAAACCACAACACGCGAUUUGUUUGAAAAACUUAUCGAAGCAGGAAAACUCAGCCUGGAAAACACAGGAUACCUCGAAAAACUUUUAACCAACAUUCAUAGAGUGGACUUAAUAAAGAACGAACUUCAGAAGUUUAUCGACAAUAACUGUAAUGAAACAGAUGGAGUGAAUGAAAGUCCAGGAGCACAGACAUGUGGGCUACGAGUAAAGCAGACUAAUUUUAUUGGUCGAAAUGACUUAGUAGAGAGGAUAGCCAAGGUGUAUGUCACAGGUCAGAAGCCAAUGGUAGCAGUCGUAGCACCACCAGGGUUUGGGAAGACAUGUGUAGCUACUCAUGUUGGUCAUGCCAUGAAAGAUAAGGGGUUCAGAGUCAUUUAUGUAUCCCUUCAAAAAAUGCAGUCUUGUCAUUUGAUGUGCUGUGAUAUCUUAAGAGCAAUAGAUACAAAGAUUCCUUCGUCAGAUGAUGUUGUUCAGCUAACAAAAAGUCAACUUAAGUUGCUGGAGGUUCAAACCCUUCUCAUCCUUGAUAAUGCUGAAGAUAUUCAAAACUCAAGCCAUUCUUGUGACUUUGAAAGUUUCAUUGAGUUCCUGGGAAGCCAUGCAAAGAAGCUGAAGAUAUUUUUGGGAACAAGGAAAAGCAUGUAUACAAGAUACUUUGAACAUGAAUCAAUCAAUCUUCUUCCGCUUGAUGAUGAAGCAUCUUUGAAGCUCCUUCUUGCUUUGGCUGAUGGCACAAGUUUAAACAUUCAUGAAGCUAAGAAACUUGCCAUCCAAUGUGCUGGUGUUCCACUUCUAAUCAAAAUUGCAGCUGGUUUGGUAAAGAAUGGAUACAAUCCAAUAAAACUUGCAAAUAAUUUACAAAAGAAACCUUAUGAUGUUUUAAACUUGAAAGAAAAUGAGCAGAUAAAGUUCUUGACCAACUCUAUCCAGGUUUUUCUGGACAGUCUUUCAAGAGAGAAGCUAGUUUGUUUGGUACAAUUGUCCUGUUUCCCUGCACAAUUCACAGAGGACAUUGCUAAUGAAAUAUUGUUUAAAAAUGAAGUGAAAUGUAGUGGCAUGCUGUCCUCUCUUCAUGCCAGUGCCUUAGUACAGUUGGAUGGCAAAAAUUACAGUCUGCAUCCCUUGAUACAGACAUUCUGUAGAGAAGAACAAGAAAGAAUGAAGUGCAAAAAAGAAGGGGAAAAAGCCACAGAAAAAUUCAGCAAUUACUAUUUUGAUGAAUUAGAAAAGCUUCAUUGCCAGUUUGUCAGCAAAGAUGGCUGUCAGAAGGCUCUAAAGCAAUUCUGCUGUUCCAAGAUGAAUCUACUACAAGCACUUGAAAAUGCCUUAAGGUGCGAUGAUAAAGAGAUGAAAAAGAGAUGUAUUGAUGCAUUUAAUGCAAGCAUCAAUCUGUUGGGCAAAAUCUUGCUUCCAAGUUGCUGUUUGUCAGUUUAUGAACAGUUAUAUAAUGAAGCAGAGAGAAUUAAAGACAAGAAAAGAAUGAGUGAAUGCCUUGUUUCUCGUGGCUUUCGAUUCAUGUGUGAGGUAAACCAUGGUGAAUUUUCCCAAGAUGCAUUUGAUGCUUUUGAAACCGCACUCUCUCUAUGGAAGAAGAAUUUGUUCAAGAGAAUGCAGAGCACUGAAGCAUAUGCACACUGCAUUAGCAAGCUGGGCUUGUGCUACACCUUCAAGGGAGAUACAGAGCAGGGGAAGAAAUUGAUAAAUGAUGCAAUCCCUAUCCGUAGUCGACUUGGCAACAAGGUGUUGUUAGCUGCUAGCUACUGUGAUAAAGCAAUUGCUGUCCGCUUCUGCAACAAACAUACUCAAGCCAUCGAAAUAUUUGAAACCCGAUGCCUUCCAGUGUACAAAGAGCACUUAGGGGACCACCCCUGGGUAGCAUCACUACUUAGCUACAUGUCCAAAUGUCAUCAAGAUCUUGGGUGUCUGGAAAAGGCCAUUGAAUGCAACAAGCAGUCACUUGAAAUUCGUGAGAAGCUACUAGGAGAUCAUCAAGACACAGCUAGAUCCUAUGUCCGCCGUGGUGAGCUGUUUGUAGAGCAAGAAAACAUGAAAGAUGCUCUUAAAGCAUACAGAAAAGCUGCAUCAAUACAGGAGACAGUGUUGGGUAUCCAUGAAGAAACUAAGACCUCUUAUCAAGCUAUUGAAGAUAUACUUCACAAACUGAACAUGGAUGAAGAGAGACAGAAGUACAGGAAACGUGCUGAAACCUACAGCACUGAGAUAAAGAACACAAGAACAUUGAAUAAACAAAUAUCAGAGGACAUCAAAAGAAGAGCAAACUCCUUGUCAGUGUUUCCUGGACUAAACAUGAUCACACGUGUAGCUGUUGUGGUGGGCCUGGUAGCUGUAAUCAUCAGCUGUGUAUUAUUGUGUAAUGGUGUUUUCGGGUAAGGUACCAGAACUGAUAGUAACUCAACACAGUCUAAAUGUUUAGUUUUUAGUUUUCUAUUACAUGAACAUGCCACAGGUCAAGAUUGUGAGCCAAGGUUUGUUAGACCACACUGCAAGCAGAGUCUGUUUUGACAGCAGACAGGCACCCCCCAGAACCAUGUUCACAACUAGGGUCUGUUUUGACAGCAGCCAGGCACCCCCAGAACCAUGUUCACGACUAGGGUCUGUUUUGACAGCAGACAGGCACCCCCCAGAACCAUGUUCACGACUAGGGUCUAAUCACGUGAUCACGCGGAGAAAUUGAGCCUGCAGAAUAUGAAAUAUUCAUGACUCAAUGUGAAGAUGUUGUCUCUAGGAACAAGCUGGGAUCAUGAACAUAAAGGCUUUUGCCAUACUUUAGAGCCUAGAUACGCAUGUAUCUUUUCCGACAUUUCUUACUGAUAAACAAAGAAAUUACAUUCAAGGGAACAACACGUGGUCUCGUACUUUCUGUAUCAAAUAUGUUUUUAGAGAAAAUUUUAGCUUUAGGAAAUCAUGACAUAGAUAAAUAAUUAUAGGAUAGUUUAUAAGUAUAUAAAUAUUAGUUUCAUAAUGAGAAAAUUUGAAUGUUUUAACAAGUAUUGGUGUACGGCCAAAAUUGUCAUAGAUUUUAUGACUCGCUUAAAUUUUUGAGUCAAUUGAAGUAUGAAUGAUAUAUUUAUUCUAAAAUGUACAUUGAGAUAUUAGUUUUUCAAUUCGUUCAUGAUACAGUCAAACUGAAGAAAGCCCAAGUCAUAGUAAAUAACAUUUAUAACAGAUAUGAUAGUCAUUUGUAGAAAAAAUAUAAAACCAGAAACGUCAGAAUUGUUAUGUAAUAAUAGUGUCUGAUGAAGAUGAUAGCUAUAUUUGUAUUUCUUCCUUUGUAUUCAGAAGCACAAAGUUAUGUUAUAAAAUAAUGUAUCUUAAGGAUAUAGUUGUAAAACGUUAAAUAAAACAUGUCGUUGGGUGUUGUCCUUAA